AUGUAUAAGCCAGUAUUUUGUCUUGUUAUUCACUUUUCACUCUUCCUAGUAGCACCAACUUCAUCAUCCUCAAUUAUCACUAGUUUGAGUAAAGGUUUUCACGCAGUUGGUGAAAAUGCCUAUAUCUUUGCUAUAUGGUUUACUAAUUUAGUUGGUGGUGAUAAAAAUUACACCAUAGUCUGGAUGGCUAACAGAGACGAUCCUGUAAAUGGAAGGCACUCGUUGAUUUCCUUAACCAAAUCAGGGGAUCUUGUUCUUACUGAUGCUGGCCAGCGCGAACUCCUUCCAGUCCUUCCAGGACAAGCACUAACCAAAAAUUCAAAGCUUGUGCCUCUGAGGAGCUCAACCAAUUACUCAUCAGGAUUUUACAAGCUACAGUGUGCUGAUAAUAAUGUUCUCCAGCUUCUUUAUGAAGGCUUAGAGAUGUCAGGAGGCAUUCAAAGAAGAUUAACACUGGAUAUUGAUGGUUACAUCCGAGUCUACAGCUUGAAUACGCAGAGGACUAAUUGGGAAGUUACUUGGCAACUAAAUUGGAGGCCCUGCAUGAUUCAUGGAAUUUGUGCGAACAGUUUGUGCACUUAUAGUUAUAAUUCUGGUAGGAAAUGCACUUGCCUACAACGUCAUAAGAUGAAAAAUGUGACGGAUUGGUCUUAUGGAUGCGAAGCAGAUUUUAAGCUCUCUUGCUCUGAUAGAAAUAUGGUGGAUUUUGUUCAUCUUCAUCACAUUGAAUUCUUCGGGUAUGAGGUUAAGCAUUAUAAAAAUCACACCUUCGAGCAAUGCAAACAGGAUUGCUUAGAUAGCUGUAACUGCAAAGGAUUUCAAUUCAAUUUUGAAAUGGUGAAUGGCGUUUAUAGCUGCUAUCUGAAGACAUUGCUCUUCAAUGGGUACCGCUCACCAUCUUGGAAAGGUUCAGUUUACAUUAAACUGCCCAAGGAUGUCUGUAAUUCAGAUGAGGAAGGUCCUAUAGGCAAAUUACAGUGUGAACGAACACAUGUUUUGCUGGACAGAAGCUACGAGAGAAAACAACAAUCUGGAUGGUUGAAGUCAUUUAUUGGGUUUACUGUUGCACUUGGAGUGUUGGAGUUCAGAUGUCUUGUCUCUUAUUUGACUACAACCCCCAAACGCUUUAAAGAAACAUUUGAUCUGGUUUAUAUUCCGGUUGUCAAUAGGUUCAAGAGAUUCACUUAUGCCGAGCUGAAAAAAGCAACGUCUAAUUUCAGAGAUGAAAUUGGACAAGGAAGUGGUGGUGUUGUGUACAAAGGAAAAUUAUCGGACAACAGAAUUGCAGCCAUCAAGUAUCUCAAAUUAGAAGCCAACCAAGGAAAAGCUGAAUUUCUUGCAGAGCAAAAGAGGUUCGAGAUUGCUUUGGGAACAGCAAAAGGUCUUGCUUACUUACAUGAAGAGCGUCUAGAAUGGGUCUUGCAUUGUGAUAUAAAGCCUCACAAUAUAUUCUUGGACUCAAAUUGUGAGCCAAAGGCAACUACAACACUCUUCCCGCUUCAAGAAUUUCAGACUCCAAGUUUGCUUCUAAGAAGCUUAAAUCCGGAUCUUCCUUAUCCAAAAAGCUUGAUUAAUCGUGUUGCUGCAACAAUAAAUUAUGCUUCUGCAGUUAACUGUAGCAUGAUAUCUUGCUUCUUUGAGCACCAUGAGAAACAUCCCAAACCAAGACUAAAACAAUGCUUGAAUUGCGAGAUGGCUUCUACGGAAAAGAAAGUUGGUAGUCGAGGGGCUUCCAGAGCCAGUUAUUCUUAUGAUACAGACCCAUCGGAGAAUGUGCCUUCUAUCGAGACAGAUCCAUCGGAAGUCAUAUCUUCCAUAGAGACAGAUCCGUCUGAGAUCCAGGAGGAACCCACUAAAUAUGUAAGGGAGAGAUAA